AUGAUUUCGUCAAAAGGUGAGCUUGACCUUACAAACUAAAUUGUUUUGAAAAGAAUUUCUAGUUAAGAAUAAUAUAAAUAAGAGGAUACCUGCUUUGUGAUAGAAAUUGAUCAUAAAUAAGAAAUGAUGGCUUCAGGCUGUGGAAAACAAAUAAGAUUAUGGAGUUUUAAAAUGGGAUAAUUAUCAGACAUUUUGUAGUUAGAAGGCCAUCAAGAUUUAAUAACUUGCCUACUUUUUAGUAAAAUGAGUAGAAGUCUCAUUUCAGCUUCUUAAGAUUGUCAACUCAGAUUGUGGAAAUAAAAUAUAAAUUAAACAUGGUCUAGCUCUCAACCAUUUUAUGAGCACUUAGGCUCUAUUAAUAGCAUAAUUAUGAAUUAUUCUGAAGAUAUUCUUUUUUCUGGGAGUUCUGAUUAGUCAAUUAAAGUAUGGGCUAUUAAUAUUGAUUUAAAUGAAUUUAAAUUGCUAUAUCAGUUGCGUAGGCAUACAAAAAACAUAAUUGGAUUAACUUUAGCUCCUAGCGAGAGUAUCUUAGCUUCUUCUGGACUAGAUAAUCAAAUCAUUAUUUGGAGAAAAUCUUCGUAAGGUACGUAUGAUUUUAAUUAUGUAAUUAAAUAAUCAGUUAUAGAAUCUGGUUGCAGACUAACUCUUCUAAAUGAUAACAAAUUAAUAUGGGUCUCAAGAAGCAAUGAAGUUCUGCGUUUUUUUGAGGAGAAAGAUGGAAUUUUUCGAGAAAACACUGAUGAACGGUUAAACCUCAAAUGCAGCCCAAUGUGUAUUGAAUAAUUUUACUUUCCUAUUUUCUAUAACUAGAACUCAAAAAUUCUUGCUUUAAAAAAUAAAUUUCAUUUCUACAUUAUGAAAUAAUAACCUGAAGGUUACUUUUUAAUAUUACAUUGUAUUGAAUUUAAAUCCACAAGUACUUUUGGUACUAUAACUAAUGAUGGAAGAUUUAUUGUAUAUUGGAAUAAUAUUUCCUAAUAGUAUGAAAUCUAUGAAUUAAGAAUGCAGUGA